AUCAUCCUGCAGACCCCAAAAUGUCCUGCAGACCCCAAAAUGUCCUGCAGACCCCAAUGGGUUCCAUGGCCCCAAAAUGUCCUGCAGACCCCAAUUGUUCUACAGACCCCAAUGGGUUCUGCAGGCCUCCAGCUUCUAUUGACCCCAAAAGGUUCCACAGACCCCAAAAGGACUUUACGGCCCCCCCAAAGGAAUUUAUGGACCCCAAAGGGUUCUGGUGAGCCCAAAAGGAAUUUAUGGACCCCAAAGGGUUCCACAGACCCCAAAAAGGAUUUUAUAGCCCCCCCCAAAAGAUUUUAUGGCCCCACCCCAAAGAUUUUAUGGACUCCAAAGGAUUUUAUGGACUCCAGAGAAUUUUUAUGAACCCCAAAGGGUUCUGGUGACCCCAAAGAUUUCUCUGGCCCCAAAGGAUUCUGCGGGUUCCUGCAGCCCCACAGCUCGAAGGGAAUUCCGCAGCCAUGGACAUCGAGGACUGCAACGCCCGAUCCUACAUCACCGGAAUCUGCUCUUCCUGGAAGGUGAGCGGCUGCGUGCGCCCGGCCAGCGCCGCCCUGCGCCCCGCGGGGAUCCCGCGCUGCUUCCCGGGAAUCCCGAUCCAGGGAUCCACGGGAUUCCUCCCGCAAGGCCGUGGGGAUUCGCCCCUGGAGCAGGAAUUCCACUCGGCCGUGGGGGGAGGGGCAGCACGGAGCCCCCCCAGCCCCCGCUCGUCCCCACGCUCGCCUGCCAACUCCAUCAAGGUGGAGAUGUCGUCGGACGAGGAGUCGCAGGGCCGGCCGCUGUCGCAGGAGGGCCGGGAGGGGCUCCCCGAGGGCUCCCCCCUGCCCGAGCCCUUCCCGGAGCCCUUCCCGGAGCCGCACUCGCCCGGCGGCAUCCGCCUGCCCAACGGCAAGCUCAAGUGCGACGUGUGCGGCAUGGUGUGCAUCGGGCCCAACGUGCUCAUGGUGCACAAGCGCAGCCACACCGGAGAACGACCCUUCCAGUGCCAGCAGUGCGGCGCCUCCUUCACGCAGAAGGGGAACCUGCUGCGCCACAUCAAGCUGCACUCGGGGGAGAAACCCUUCAAGUGCCCCUUCUGCUCCUACGCCUGCCGGCGCCGCGACGCCCUCAGCGGGCACCUGCGCACCCAUUCCGUUUCCUCCCCCACGGUGGGCAAACCCUACAAGUGCAGCUCGUGUGGCCGCAGCUACAAACAGCAGAGCAGCCUGGAGGAGCACAGGGAGCGCUGCCACGGCUUCCUGCAGAGGGAGAGCCCCGCGCAGACAGGAGAGGAAAUCCGGGAGCUGGACAUGGUGCCCGAGGCGUUGCUGCACCCUGAGCGCCCCACCUUUAUCGAGCGGUUGGCAGGGAGCUUCACCAAGAGGAAACGAUCCACGCCGCAGAAAUUUGUGGGUGAGAAGCAGAUGCGCUUCGCCCUCUCGGAGCUGCCCUUCGAUGUCAGCCCCGGCUUCGACAAGGACGUGGAGGUGGUUCCGUCCCGCGGGCACGCCCUGGAGCCGCCCUACGCCGGGCCCCUGUCCCUGCUGGGCGCCGGGGACCCUCUGCGCCCGCUCCGCUUGGCCACCAACUGCAUCACCGAGGUCACGCCGGUCAUCAGCUCCGUGUACACCCAGAUCCAGGCGCUGCCCGCCCGCCUCGAGCUGCCGCGGGGCCGCGACUCCUCCGAGGACGGCGCCGAGGGCAUCCCGGUGAUUUUCCGCAGCCGCGCCAGCGCCGGUGAUACCGGGGGAUCUCCGUCCAACGGCUGCCAGGACUCCACGGACACCGAGAGCAUCCAGGAGGAGCGGGCGGGCGGCGGCAGCAGCCGCCACAGCCCCGCCUACGCCAAGGAGGAGCCCAAGGAGGAGCCGGACGGAGCGGCGCGCUGCUUCCCUAAGGAAUCCCUGAGGGUGCUCAACGAGGAGGGCGAGCAGCUGCGGGCGUUCUGCUGCGAGCACUGCCGCGUGCUCUUCCUGGACCACGUCAUGUUCACCAUCCACAUGGGCUGCCACGGCUUCAGGGACCCUUUCGAGUGCAACAUCUGCGGCUACCGCAGCCAGGACCGCUACGAGUUCUCCUCGCACAUCGUGCGUGGCGAGCACAAGAUAUGAGGUGGGAAAAACGCCCCGUUUCCUGCCUCAAAUUUCCUGAUUUUACCCCCAUUUCACCCCGAUUUUCCCCUCCGACAUUGUGCUCGGGAUACACAAAAUGUGAGGUGGGAAAAUCCUCCGAUUUCCUGAUUUCACCCCGAUUUUCCCCUCUGAAAACGCAAAAUGUGAGGUGGGAAAACCCCCCCUCCUUCCUGCCUCCAGUUCUCUGAUUUUCCCCUCCUAAAUUGUGCUCGGGAAACGCAAAAUGUGAGAUGGGAAAAAUCUCCCCCCUUCCUGCCUCCAGUUCCCCCAUUUCACCCUGAUUUCACCCUGAUUUUCCCUUCCUAAGUCGUGCUCGGGAAACACAAAAUGUGAGGUGGGAAAAUCCCCCCCUUCCUGCCUCCAAUUUCCUGAUUUCAUCCCAAUUUUCCCUUCCUAAAUCAUGCUCAGCAAACGCAAAAUGUGAGGUGGAAAAGCUCCCCCCUCCUGCCUCCAAUUUCCUGAUUUUAUCCCAAUUUUCCCCUCCUACAUCAUGCGUGGUGAGCACAAGAUACGAGAUGGAACAACUCCCUCUUCCUUCCUCCACUUUCCUGAUUUCAUCCCAAUUUUCCCUUCCUAAAUCGUGCUCAGCAAACACAAAAUGUGAGGUGGGAAAAACUCCCCCUCCUGCCUCCAGUUUCCUGAUUUCACCCCAGUUUUCCCCUCCCAAACACAAAAUGUGAGCUUAGAAAACUCCCUCACCUCAAAUUCCCCUUUUUCCCUGAUUUUUUCCUCCCAUUUCCCUUCCAGUUUCCCCUUCUAUAUUGUGCACACCGAGCACAAAAUGUGAGGUUGGAAAAAAAAUCUCCCCCACCUCAAAUUCCCAUUUUUUCCCCCAAUUUUCCCUUCCCAUUUCCCCAUCAACAUCGUGGGCAAAAUGUGAGGUUGGAAAAAAAAUCUCCCCUGCCUCAAAUUCCCAUUUUCCCCCCAAUUUUCCCCUUUUUUCCCCUCCCACAUCGUGCACCACGAGCACAAAAUGUGAGGUUGGAAAAAUCCCCCCCACACCUCAAAUUCCCCUUUUUUCUCCCAAUUUUCCCCCUCCCAUCCUUAGGGCAUGGAACUGUUGGGUUGUGUUGGUUUUAAUUUUUUUUUUCUUUUAUACUCCUUUGCACUGACUUUGGCUAUAAAAAAAACCAGAAAACCAAAACAAAAAAGUAUUUAAAAACAAGAACAACAAAAAAUCCCCAAAAAACAGAAACCCACCCCAAAAACCCGACUGGCCCCGCCCAGGGGGAGCCCUUAAUCCUCCUUUUUAUAAACGAACUUAUUUAAAUAUUGAAUAGGAAAGGACUUUUUUUGUGCUUUUUUUCCCCUCUUCCUCGUUAUUUAUUAAGCUUUUGAGUUGCUCUUUUGAUAAUUCUUGGGGUUUUUCACCCAAAAAAAAAA